GGCAGCUUACUAAACGGAGCCUCUCCUACCCCCUUUCUUCCCGCAGCACCCACCAGCCGCCCGCCUACCCUGCAGUCUGAUAACGGGUUCCCACCCCUCCGCGUGGCCAGGGCUCUCACUCCGGGAACCCGGUGCUCCCACUCUGCGCACAGACCCACACACCUCCGGCCGAGCAGGGCUCUCCCUGCCCUGGAUUUGCUGGCCAGACCCAGGGGGGCAGAGAACGCGGAGCCUCCCCCUUCUGUCGCCGGGGCCCACGCAGCCCAGGUGGCCGGCGGGGCGGGAGAACGAGGGUGCCCAGGCUUCCGGCUCUCCUCGCCAUCGCCGCUGCGCAGAGCCCCGUUGACUGCUCCCCGCGGCGCACCCAGGAGACAGGAGAAAUGCGCGCCCUUCGCAGGCUUUCUCGCCGGCCUGGCUCCCACCAUGAGCGCAGAGCUCAACGUGCCCGUGGACCCCUCCACCCCUGCCUGCUCUGAGCCCGGCCACAAGGGCAUGGAUUACCGCGACUGGGUCCGCCGCAGCUACCUGGAACUGGUCACCUCCAACCACCACUCCGUGCAGGCCCUCUCCUGGAGGAAGCUCUACCUGAGCAGGGCCAAGCUGAAGGCCUCCAGCCGGACUUCCGCCCUCCUCUCGGGCUUUGCCAUGGUGGCCAUGGUGGAGGUGCAGCUAGAGACGCAGUAUCAGUACCCGCGGCCGCUGCUCAUCGCCUUCAGCGCCUGCACCACGGUGCUGGUGGCCGUGCACCUCUUCGCGCUGCUCAUCAGCACGUGCAUCCUGCCUAACGUGGAGGCCGUGAGCAACAUCCACAACCUCAACUCCAUCAGCGAGUCGCCCCACGAGCGCAUGCACCCCUACAUCGAGCUGGCCUGGGGCUUCUCCACCGUCCUGGGCAUCCUGCUCUUCCUGGCCGAGGUGGUGCUGCUCUGCUGGAUCAAGUUCCUGCCCGUGGACGCGCGCCACCAGCCCGGCCCCUCGCCCGGCCCUGGCGGCGGCCACACGGGCUGGCAGGCCGCCCUGGUGUCCACCAUCAUCAUGGUGCCCGUGGGCCUCAUCUUUGUGGUCUUCACCAUCCACUUCUACCGCUCGCUGGUGCGCCACAAAACUGAGCGGCACAACCGCGAGAUUGAGGAGCUGCACAAGCUCAAGGUGCAGCUGGACGGGCACGAGCGCAGCCUGCAGGUGGUGUGACCCCGCUCGCUUUGCGCGCCCGCGGUCUGGGGGUGCGGGGCCGCGUCCGAGUCCAGAGAGAACAAAACGCUCCUGCGUCGUGCCCGGAUCCCGCCGCGGUUCGAGACCAAAGCCCCACUCCUGUCUUAAUGCUGUAAGCCUGGGUCGUUGUCCCUCAGGGGAUGGACGUCUUCCGUUAAACCAGAGACUUGGACGCUAAGCGCUCAGGGCAAAGAGAGGCUGAGCCCUUGGCCCUGGGGACUUCCUGAGGCAGGAAGCCAGGCUCCGAGCAGGACCGGGUGGUCACAAGUCAUCCAGGAGACCUGGAACCAGCGGCCAACGGGGGUGGGGGCCUGGAGCUGGGCAGCACGUCUGAAGGUACCACUUUGCUGGGAUUAGAUGGGGCAUAGGAUGAGAGCUUGGCCUGGUGCUUCCCUCCCCGCCCUGGAGGGAGUUGGAUGGCCUGGCUUAUGGAGAGAAAGAAGGUGGGAGCCUGGCACAUGUCAGCCCAGCAGGUGUGGUGGGUGCUCAGUGGGUGUCAGACGUGCCAGGCCCUGGGGGGGACCUUCAAGGGUGGAGGCCUGUCUGUAGGCAUCCGGGUGAGGUGCCCCCUUGAAGUGGUGGUUAACCAGGGUGGGUGCUUGGAAACACAUUGGGCUUACAUUCUCUUCCCAGCCAGCCUAGCGCCCUGGCCACAUGGACCCAGCGAGGCCACUAGGCUGGAGAAAAGGCCCACAGUCCAGAGGCCACAGGAUGCCCCAAGUCUAUCAGCUGCCCCUGAGGGUCCUGGCUGCACAAGGCAGGGCACUGGCCUGGGCACCAGAAACUGCCCAGCUCCCUGCUGCCUGUGGUCCCAGGUGGCGGGAGGGGACAGCCUGGGGGACUCCGUGUCCAGACAGGGCCAUGGCAGCCCUGGCCAAGCGCGGGUCCUGCUUAUAAUGACGCAGAGCAGCGGAAGGCGACACCACGUAGAGCUCCCCUCCUGGGCCUCCAGACACGGACCCAUCUCUCACUUUCACACAGCCACGCACAGCGCCAGUUCUGGUGUCUUCUCAAAUGGCAGCUGGUAGACCUGAGCCCGUGUUUUUAGGCCAGACGCAUACAUGCUACAGCUCAGCGUAUGCAUGAGCCUGCCAUGCCCUGAACUGCAUUUACCACACGGGCCAGCAGCCGCCCGAGGGGUGCCUGCCUUCUGUUUUCACAGUCUCUGGACGUCAUGCUCGGAUGGCAUGUCUAUCCACAGCCUGGCAGCUCGGUGCGGCCUGGGUUGCCUGUGCCAAGACAUCCCGGCUGGCCCGGCUGAGGCCUCUGGGCUGUGCACAUUAACCUUAACGAAGGCUCUGAAAUGCAGAGGCUUAGCAGUGUGAGUCAUGGCAUUUAUGAGGAGCCUGGACGUCCUGUCCCGCCGGGAGGGAGGACAGCCCUGGUGUCUUCUGAAGGGUGUGUCCCCGCAUCCUCUGCGGACCUCUGUCGUGACUUGCUUGCUCCCUAGCGCAUGUCGCUUCUCUCCCGGGGCCUUGCUGCAAAGGCUCGUCUGCUUUACUGUGUUUGCAGAAGAAUGUCGGCGUCACUGCAAGACAUCCGCUUUUGUGUCCUGGCAGAGACAAGACAGGCUGGCUCCUUCCCAAGGCUGGGAGGCCCCCCUCAAAAGGCCCUUCCCCUGGUCUAAGCCUUUUGAGAGGGAGCCCUGUUAGGUAGGCCCACUUUCCUGGGCCAUCUGAUGCCCCCACCCUUUGUGCUGGACCCAGAGUGCCAAGCUCCCCAGCCUGUGGCAGGCAUACCCUCUGUUGCUCCAGGCCUGUGGGCCAAGCUCUCUGGCCGGGCUGCAUCAGGGUCAGAUGCUAGGUACCCAGUGAUAGUGCCACCCGGGUAGGAAAGAUGCCACAUACCACAUCUUAGACACUGAUUAGGAGAAUAAUGUUCUCGUAAUUUCUGUUUUCACCUCACGAGCUCUCCCAGCUCCAGCCUUUCCAGUUCCCAGAGGUAUGGGGCAAAGAGAAUUUCUGUGGGAACAGAGAAGACUCUGGGCCUGGGGCCUGGUGUUUGGGGCAGGGGCAGCCUCGGGGGAGCCCCAGAGCUUGCUCCGGGGAUGGACAGUAAGCCGCUGUUUGGAGCUGCGGCAGCAACUCAGCAGGGCAGCCUGGGGAGGAGGGAGGCGAAGUACAGGCUAGAAAUUCCAUUUCUGGAGGUUUAGCCCGACUGUUCCAAGCGCAGCGGCCUCUCUACGCUGAGAGGCGCCAGGGCCGCCCCAAGCCGGCAGGGUUUGCCCUAUUUUCCGCCGAGCAGAGCUUCCUGGUGCUCAUGAAACAGACACCCGCAGACGCGCGGAGGCCCUUCCUAAAGUGGAGCAUGGUCUCCAUUUAGAACCUGACCAGACGUUUCAAAACGCAAGGGUUUCUAUUCUAGACAAACUGCCAGGGCAGACUGUACUGCAGUGUCUUCUAGGAAGGUCUAUGGAGGAUAAAACCGCACACGCCUGAGCAGAUGGAGGCUCACCUGCAGUGCUUACCUGUCUCGUGCCGAUUAACUCACAUGCAUGACGCCGUGGAGGCCACGCGUGGUGUGCACACCCCCUGUCCUGUGUACGGAUUUUUAAAACAGCUGCCCUGGAUCAAACUGAAUAAACAAGUAACGCUAUGA